AACUCCUAUUCGGCUUGUCCCGGAAUAACACGAAUUGGUCACGAAUGUUCAUUGAUAGGCCGAAGAGACAAGCCUUUUCAGAUUGUCGUCACAGAGGCGAGAGACGUAAACAUGAUUCCGCUGCUGGUUGUAUGUCUGUGCGGGGUCGCAACCAACGCGUUCCUGAUAACUUCAUCGAAACCCUCUGAGGUAUGUUACGGGGACCUGGGGUGUUUCAGCAACGCCUCGCCCUUCAAGAGCAGCAAGCGCCCCAGCAACUUCCUCCCCAAGUCUCCACAAGACAUCAAGACAGCCUUCCUUCUAUACACGCGUGCCAACCCCACGACAGAUAAAGAGGAGACGUUGUCAGUGUCGGACCCAUCCAGCUUCUCCAAGUCUCACUAUGACGCCACGAAGCCUACAAAGUUCCUCGUCCACGGCUUCACGCACAACGGACACAAGCAGUGGCUGGAGAACAUGAAGUCAGAGCUACUGAAAAAUGCUGAAAUGAACGUGAUCAUUGUGGACUGGGGAAUUGGGGCAGCGCUGCCUUAUGGUCAAGCCUCGGCCAACACCCGUCUCGUCGGCGCUCAGGUCGGCCAACUCAUCAACUACAUCCUCAACAACACCAACAGCGAAUCCAACCUCUUCCACAUCAUCGGGCACAGUCUGGGAGCGCAUAUAGCGGGAUAUGCUGGGGAACUAGUCAAAGACAUGGGGAGAAUCUCAGGUCUGGACCCAGCUGAGCCUUACUUCGAAGACACGCCACCACAGGUUCGUCUUGACCCCACUGACGCCACCUUCGUCGACAUCAUCCACACCGACGACGGCACGAUCCUGUCUCUUGGCAUGGGGGCUAAGCAGGCCAUGGGUCACGUAGAUUUUUACGUCAAUGGCGGAUCGGUACAACCCGGCUGCGACACAAACGUCCUGUCUAAACUCACCCACACUGUGUGGAAUGGUAUCACAUUGGGUUACUAUGGUGCCGAAGCUGCCGUUGCCUGCAGCCACGAGAGGUCCUACGCCCUCUACACUGAAAGCAUCAACUCAGUCUGCCCGUUCAUGGGGUUCCCUUGCACCGGCGGCGAUGACUUCAACCAUGGCCGUUGUCUCUCGUGUCUUGGCAGUCAGUGUUCCAAGAUGGGUUAUCAUGCCAUCGAAAGCCCUGGGCGCGGAUCUUUGUUCCUCAAUACACAAGCGGCUUCCCCAUUUUGCGGCUACCACUACAUGGUCAACAUCUCCUCCGACAACGAGAUGGACGGCAUCGUCAAGGUGACGCUGCACGGAACAGCUGGCGACACGUCCGUCAUACCCCUAAUGAAAUCUAAUGAAGUGAUCAACGCAGGUAAGGUUCUCACACACCUGGUCACCGCACACGCGUCCAUUGGCAACAUCACCGGUAUCACCGUCAGCUACGACAAAACCUCCAGCUUUCUCGUCGGGUGGAUGUACCCGGCUGACUGGAAGCUGAUGGGCAUCUCCGUCCUAGAAGGGGAAACGCAGCAGAAAACGAUGUUUUGCGCCUACGGCAAGGACGUGAUGUCCCACUCCCAUUCCGACUUCAAGGUCACGGGACACUGCUCUUAAAGUGGGGAACUGUGGAGGCCAUUAAUACUGGAGACACUUGUAAAUAAAUAAAAUACUUAAAAGAUCUA